CUCGAGCCAGUCGCGGGCGGGCAGGCACCCGCGCGGACCGACGCGCCGCACUCGCGAUCGAUACGCGCCUAACCUUACACCACCAAAACCAUCACCAAACAUAAACGUCAACCUGUGAAAACGUGAACUUACAACACUACUUACGUGCGCGAGACUAUAAUGAAGACAUGUCAAUAUGUUUAAAGUGUAGAUAGUGCGUCGAUGGCGAUGACGUCACUGAAGCAUGGGGUGAACCUGAGUCGGCGGGCGUGCAGGGCGGGGGCGAGGGCGCUCGCCCUGGCCGCCGUCGUUGCGUUCCUGGCUACAGCCGACUGCAAUCCUAUUGAAAGUACCACGAAACAGAGUCCGUCCAUAACUGUCGAUGGGACUCCCACGUAUCCCGGCCUCGGCUUCGGCCCCAUGGGGCCAGUGGCCCCGUUGCCCGGUGACUCGGCCACGCAGCUCCGGCAACAGCUCGAGUCCACCACUGACCUGCCGGCCACAGCCAGCGUUAAGAAGGAGAGGACCAUCGUGAUAGCGGCCUUCGAGUUCCACCGAGUCGAAACACCUUUUCUCAUCGGCUUGUGGAUAUUCUUCGCCAGCUUGGCUAAAAUAGGUUUCCACAUGGCGCCAAAACUAUCGAGGAUGUUCCCUGAAUCCUGCCUUCUAAUCUUCGUGGGUGUCCUCAUCGGUGCCUUGCUGCUAAGCACGCACAGUGUCCACGUCCAACCACUUACUCCAGACACCUUCUUUCUCUACAUGUUGCCGCCUAUUAUACUUGAUGCUGGUUACUUUAUGCCGAACAGACUGUUCUUUGAUCAUCUUGGAACUAUACUGCUGUUCGCUGUGGUGGGAACGGUGUUUAACACGCUAACUAUAGGUGCCUCACUUUGGGCGUGCGGACAGACCGGCAUGUUCGGCUGCACGACACCUCUCCUAGACAUGUUCCUCUUCAGCGCUCUAAUAUCGGCCGUUGACCCCGUCGCUGUGCUGGCGGUCUUUGAGGAGAUCCAUGUGGAUGAAGUCCUGUAUAUAGUGGUGUUCGGCGAGUCGCUAUUGAACGACGCGGUCACUGUUGUGCUGUACCACAUGUUUGAGGCUUACACCGAAAUGGGUACAUCCCGGCUAGUCUACACCGACUUCCUAGCAGGCUUCGCUUCAUUCCUAGUAGUAGCGGUAGGCGGGACCUGCAUAGGGGUGGUGUGGGGCUUCGCCACCGGCUUCGUGACCCGGUUCACCCACGAAGUCAGGGUUAUAGAGCCCAUCUUCAUCUUCGUUAUGGCGUACUUGGCGUAUCUUAACGCGGAGAUGUUCCAUAUGAGUGGAAUUUUAGCGAUAACAUUCUGUGGUAUAACAAUGAAGAAUUACGUAGAAGGCAACAUAUCGCAUAAGUCUCACACAACUAUAAAGUAUACCAUGAAGAUGCUGUCUUCAUCGUCGGAAACCAUCAUCUUCAUGUUCCUUGGGGUGGCAACGGUCAAUAAUAACCAUGAUUGGAACACGUGGUUUGUGCUGUUGACCAUCUUGUUUUGCUCAGUGUUUCGGAUAAUAGGAGUGUACAUAUUUAGUGCUGUAGCUAAUAAGUUUCGAUUGCACAAACUGGAUAGAGUGGAGAAGUUUGUAAUGUCUUAUGGCGGUCUCCGCGGUGCGGUGGCCUUUGCGUUAGUACUUUUGAUAGAUCCUGCAGUUGUGAAACUACAGCCCAUGUUCGUAACCACUACGAUAGCUGUAAUUUACUUUACGGUGUUUAUACAAGGUAUCACGAUCAAACCGCUGGUGAAAAUGCUUAAUGUAAAAAGAGCCGAAAAGCGGAAACCUACUAUGAAUGAAAGGAUACAUGAAAGGUUCAUGGACCACUUGAUGGCAGGAAUAGAAGAUAUUUUAGGUAAACACGGUAACCAUCACAUUAGGGAUAAGUUCAAGAGAUUUGAUAACAAGUUUAUACGCCCGUUUCUGCUAAGGAAUUACCAGGGCCAAGAACCAAAGAUAUUAGAGACUUAUUCAAAACUUGCAAUGAAAGACGCUAUAGAAUACAUGCAAAGAAAUGCAUCUACCAUCGGGAACAUUUCUGGUGCGGAAUCAAUGUCCGCCAUAUUCAAGAACUACACAAACACAAACUUCAACGCCAGUCCGAGUUUCAGUCAGUUGGAUUCGUCGACGUGGAACAUAGACAUGCAGGAGUUGGAAUAUAAUCCGAGCAAAAAGGAUUUGACCGACGCGCGGAUCCACCAUUUGCUUGCUGAAGAGUUGUGCAAGCCGUACAGACGUCACCGUCGCCUAAGCUACAGUCGGCACGCAGUGAACGACCGUGACCUCGGCACCCAAGUAAAUUAUAAAACUCACAUGAACAUUCGACGUCUCGUUGGCGACAGGAAACACCACCAUAAACGUAGCAAACGGGGGAACAAGGAUGGCAAAAACCAUGUCACUUUCCCUGAAUUCCAGCAAAACGGUUCCGCUAAACAAUUCACGCACGAUUACAUAGACGAGGUGCUGCAGGAGGACGACGACCGUAAGCCGCGACGCGACGGCGACGACGGCGGUAUUACAUUCACUGCCAAGUCCCUGCUGAGCCCGACGUCCUCGCAUAAAGAGAACAGUAGCUCACUUAUUAACCAGCUGGCUAACCUACCCGGGUUCAACCCGCUGAAAGCGAGGAUAGUCAAGCAGUACGCUAAAACGCCUGAGGAGAUAUUGCCUACAGCAGUUGAGAAAUCCUUACCGUGGAGAAGGGAUCGAUCCACGUACAACUUCGUUCCAAACGAGGAUAUUCUAGAAGAAGACGAAAUAAGAAUGUCAGAUGAUAAUGAUACGUAUAUGAUAGUAGCGGAUCAAGCACGCGUGGCAACCCCCACGGCAACGGAGACCAUGUUGCCGUGGAAACGAGAGGAAGGAGAGGGUUAUUCUGGUGCUUUAAAACAGUCUGAAUUUCCUUCCUGGGCAUCAAACAAAGAAUACUUGGCAUAUAGCUCGCCUUCGGCAACAUUCUUAGGUGGUAUAGAGAAGCCAAAACAUCCCAAAUCUAUCAUAGGUUUAUUCCGAAGAGAGAGCUCAAGUUCAACCCAGGCUGGAGAUGCGGUAGCGUCGGACUCUGAAGGAAAUAAGCCGGAGUGUUCAAAGGGAGAGAGCUCCUCUUGUAAAGACCCGUUUAACCAGUCAAGACAAGGUCCCAGUAUGCUGUCGAAGAGGAGCACUAGCCUCGGAGGGCCUUCAGUGCUUCUGAUGGAGGAUGUGGCGCACUCUGAUCCUCUAGGCGCAUCCACUCGACCUGCUAGCAUCAUGCAAGGGCCUCAUCGUGGCCAAUGCCGGAGGGGAUCCAUGUUGGAAUUAACCGGGUCAAUGUCCCGCGACGCAAUCACAGAAGAAAAGUGUAGCAAAUCGUUACCCCAGAGUGAACGUAUGGGCGUGCGGCGACUUCCUCUAGGCCAACAAAGUCUGCCGCGGGAGCCCUUCAUCCGGCAACUAACAAUGGCCUCAACCCUUCUAACUAGCUCAUCAGACUCAGACUCCUCCGACGAAGGCACCUGAGUGCGCCGCCGUGGUGACCACGAUCGGUUGCCACUCCUUAAAUAUAAGACACUUGAAUGAGUGAAUGAAACUCAUCACAUUUUACCUUAUCUGUGCUGUGAAUAUGUGGUGUAAAAAGUAAGAUUUAUAGGAUGCUAAUGCGCUAAAACCAAUGUAUAUUUUUAUGAAAGCGUUAUUGUAUAGGUACUUUAUGUAGAUAAAUGCUAUGUAUUUAAAUUAUAUUCUCUAUACUUUACAAUAGCUUACAAUAAACAAAUAUUCAAUAUCCUACUGGAAGCAUGACAUAAUACCCAUGUAUGUAAAUAAAUACCUAAUCAUACCUAUCAUGAUACGAGUAUAUCUACGUAGGUAAACUGUACCUGUUGCCUCAAAACUACAGGAAGCUUGUCGGACGACUACUUCCAUAAUCCUAUUUUUUACUAGAGCGUACGAAAAAUUGAAUUGAUAUUUAACUGUCAUUAGAUCCUUAUAAAUUUGAAAGAGACCCCCAUAUAUAUUUGUAUAUUUUCUAAGAAUUUUAGACAGAUUGUAGGAUAUCCAGUCAUCCUAAUGCUUUAUUAGUUUUUGCAACGGGUAAAUGAGUCCUUUCAUGUCCUUCAAUAGCCUUAGUCCUAGUUUAUUUUUAACAUAAAUAAUACUCGUAAGAUACUGGAGUCUAGGAGGAUAUAACCAAACAGGGCCGCCACGUCUGUAAUUUGCUGUACAAAACAGUCUGCCAAUUUUUGCGGGGGAGGGGAACGUCAAAUGUAUACGUUACGUCAAAAUAGCCAUGUCAGAUAAACGUCAGUCCAUACAUUGUGUAUGACCAUUGGCCGACUAUUGUCGACAGAGGGGAAUAAUGGCUUCUCCGUUUGGUUAUAUCAUAGAGUAUAUUGAAUUGGGUUAUAUUCUCCUAGACUGCAGUAGAUCAUGUAGCAGUUAUUCGUAAUCGACAAUCAGACCAAAGUUCACAACUUUGACAGGUAUUUAUGGCCAUCUUAAGACAGAAUUUGUACGAUUUAUUGCCGUGUACAUCCGAUAUUAUUGUAAAUAUUAGGUAUACACAUUUAACGCUGUGAUUGUAAAUUGACAAGUUUGAAAUACAUUUCUCCUCACACCCCAAAGGUAUAUAUCUAACUGUAUUAAGGUUACUGUAGGCCUUUGACUGUUUUUCUGUUUAGUGUAGGACAUUCUCCAGUUUGUAAUUUAAUAAUACUUAAGAUUAGAAAAAUACCUCUUUGUUUCUACAUGAUAUCCAUUCGACAACAAAUGUUGUUUUUUUUUUAAUUCUGAUAAUACGAAUAUUUAUUAAAAUGUUAAGGAAUGAAGCGUACGGAGAGUGUAACUCUCCCUUCCGGAAAUCGUUUUUUCCAGAUCGCAAUUUUUGCCAUUCGCAAUUUUAAUCUCUUUUUUGACUAUAGCUUUCGUGUCCCGAAAGCAUUUCUAACCAUUUGCAUAUUUUCCCAUUUUUUUAAUUCUCCAAUAUGUAUCUUAUUUUCCUGUUAGGUUUUUUAACCAUUCGCAUAAUUUCCCAGUAUAUAUUUCAUUUGUUUACAAUCACGGAAGACAUAAAAUAGAUAGGUGCGACGACGAGUGAAGCGAGGAGGAGUGUGUUAGGUGAACUGCGAGCAAAACAGUGCGCGCCAGAACCGACUUACUUUAUUGUACGAUACUGAUUUACAAACAGAAGUUAUAUUUUAAUUAGUGUCUCGUAUAUUAUAAUAAGAAUACAUAUCUAAAUUAUGCGAAUGGUUAGAAAACGUAACAGGAAAAUAAGCUACUAGAAAAUAAAAAAAAUGGGAAAAUAUGCGAAUGGUUAGAAAUGCAUUCGAGAAGGAAGCUAUUUAGAAAAAACAAAAUGAUAAAAUUUGCGAAUGGCAAAAAUCGCGAUCUGGAAAAAACUAUUUCCGGAAGAGAGAGUACACACUCCGUAGGGAAAUAAUGAAUGGGGCCAAUAUUAACGCUACGGCUCUGCUAAGUUACCUUUUUAAAUGGUUCCUCCAAUGGAAACAUCUGGACAAGUUUCAUGAGUAUUAUACAAGAUAGCUAAAAUGUCGUAUUUUUUUUAAGUAGUCGAUACAUUUAAAAAAAAAAAUUAAUGAUGUUUAGGCAGGCGUCUGACCACGAUCCCACCUGUUACAUUUUGGUAUAAUUUGUGUUUAAGUUGUGAUACAAUAAAAUUCUGAUGUAAAUAGUAAGUUAUAGCGAGCA